UAUUAUAUAUUGCGCAACAACAUGGCUGCCUAGCGUACAAUAAGAGUUGACAGUUCAGACUGCAGAUAAUAUGCAAAGAUGCAAACAUCGGAAGUGAUAUAAGAUAAGAUGGAAGUGUGGCGUCUUGCCCGGGUUUUGUCCCGGACCUUGUGUCUUAAUAAAUCGACGUGUGGAGCAGUUUUAGUCACCAGUCCCUUUCUGUCCGGUGGUACGACUGUGCUACAGGGCAUCACUUCUCGCUCUUACUCCUCAACAGGGCCAGCAGUCACAGAGAGCACCGCGCUAGUGUACAGGAGACAUGGAGAUCCAUCACAAGUGGUUCACUCUGUUGUUUGUGUCAUUGGCAGGUUGGAGACUCGCAAGCUUCCUGAAUUGGAAGCUAAAAGUGUCCUUGUGAAAAUUCUUGCAUCUCCCAUCAACCCCGCGGAUAUAAACAUGAUCCAAGGAACCUACGCAAUACUGCCUGAUCUUCCGGCUGUUGGUGGCAAUGAGGGAGUGGGUCAGGUCUUAGAAGUGGGCAGCCAGGUCCAAACAAUCAAAGAGGGUGACUGGGUCAUUCCUCGAGAUGCUGGUCUAGGCACAUGGAGGACUGCUUCUGUUUUCAAUGAGGGUGAUCUGGUGACAGUGCCCAGUGAUAUCUCUGUCCUUUCAGCUGCUACACUAGGAGUCAACCCUUGCACUGCAUUCCGAAUGCUCUCUGAUUUUGAGAGUUUAGUGGCAGGAGACACUGUCAUCCAGAAUGCAGCUAACAGUGGAGUUGGACAGGCUGUGAUCCAGAUAGCAGCAGCAAAGGGUGUCCAUACAAUCAAUGUAGUCAGGGACAGACCAGACCUGCAACAGCUGACUGACAGACUAAGUGCAAUGGGAGCCACUUACGUGAUUAAAGAGGAGAUGUUAAGAAAGCCAGAAAUUAAGGACAUCUUCAAGGUUUGUCCUCGACCUAAACUGGCCCUUAAUGGUGUGGGAGGAAAAAGUGCCACAGAGCUUCUUCGACAUUUACAGACUGGGGGCACCAUGGUGACAUAUGGAGGGAUGGCCAAGCAACCUGUUACUGUGCCUGUGAGUGCUCUCAUCUUCAAGGAUGUAAAAGUACGAGGAUUUUGGGUCACUCAGUGGAAAAGAGACAAUAAGCACAAUGAUGAGGCGUUGCGUUUCAUGUUGGACGAGCUAUGUACACUAAUCGGUGCUGGAAAGCUGUCAGCCCCAUCCUGCACAGAAGUGGGAAUGAAGGACUUCCACAAAGCUCUGGACAAUGCCAUGAAGCCAUACAUCUCCUCUAAACAAAUCCUGGUCAUGUGAUUCUUGUACACAAAUUGUGCUUUAAACAUUAAAAUCUAAUAAGUGCUAUUCA